CUCAAUAUUAAAUAAUAUAAUCAUUAUGAAGUGGCCCUUAAUAUUUGGAGUGAUAACAAUUAAAAUAGAAAAAUAUUCGUACUACUUUGUUUGUGCACGGGUCAGGCUUAUCCACAUAGCGUUCCGUUGUAUCUUAUUUUGGAUUCGUCGCAUUUAAACUUGAAUUAUCUUAUGAAUUUAGCAUUAAAAAUGCACAAUCAGGGAAAUGAGAAAUUAUUUGCACGACAUAACCAGAUGCUCAGGUCUGUUAAAAAGUAAAUAAAAUCCAGAGAAAAACAGUUUUGUAAACGCGCUUAGAAAGUUCGUACCACGGCCGAUCAAACAGUGAAAUGCUGGAAAUCGAUAAGAUUCUUGAAAAAUGUGGUGAUUGCCAUUUUCUGCAGGCACUCAUGCUGGUACUCUUCUGCGUUAUAAAUUGUCUAUCCGCAAUGCACUAUUAUUCGCAGACAAUAAUUAGUUUUGUGCCUCGUUACUGGUGCGCUGAUGGAACCGAUGAGCACUUCAGAACGCAGCCGCUUGCUGGUGUUGAUUCGGACUCUAGUUGUCUGCCAGCGAGUUUUGUUAGUUCGGAAAAUAUUACCGAAGAGUGUAAACAAUUUGACUAUGAGUACUUUAUGGGCUACGAAAGCAUUACAAGCGAACUCAAUUGGAUUUGUGAUUCAGCGUGGAAAUUAACACUUGGACAGUCUAUGUUUUUCGUAGGCUCUGUGGUGGGCAGUUUAAUUUUUGGGUUCUUAGCUGACUUAUGGGGUCGGAUGCCUAUAUUGAUAAUAGCGAACUUAGUUGCCAUGGCUGGAAAUAUUUUGACAAUUUUUGGCACCACUUUACCACUUUUCUGCUUAUUUCGUUUUAUAUCGGGAUUGGCUACUGAUAGCAAUUUUGUUAUGAUGUACAUAUUAGUAAUGGAAUACUUGCGUCCAUCACUGCGCACUCUUGGUCUUAGCAUUUGUAUUGGACUUUUUUAUUGCUUGGGCUCUAUGGCGGCCCCAUGGAUAGCAGUACUAAUGAAAACUUGGCGCGGGUUUUUGGUUGUUACUUCAGUUCCCUUUGCCAUGGUGCCAUUAUUUUAUUUUGUAGUACCAGAGAGUGUGCAAUGGCUAAUAUCUAAGCAGAAAUACGAGCGAGCAGUGGAAUGUCUCAAACGUGUAGCCAAAAUUAAUGGGCGCGUUGUAGAAGAGUCAGUUUAUAAGGACUUUAUUAAUGAAUGUAAGCGUGCUCAACUCAAUAGCAAGACAAAUGAAAAUAUUUGGGGUUUACUUAAGACGCCGCGUUUAAGGAAAAAUACAUUGAUACUCUUUUUUAAAUCUAUGGUUAUAACUUUGUGUUAUGAUGCAGUUUCUAGAAAUGUACAGGGACUAGGCAUUUCACCUUUCAUCCUCUUCUCAUUGAGCUCUACAACAAUCCUGCCAGCUUGCGUGCUGCUGAUAUUGCUGCAAGAUCGCAUAGGUCGCAAAGCUAUGGCAUCAAUUUCUCUUUUACUAAGUGGCAUUUUUAUAUCGGUAACUGGAGGAAUAUUAUUUAAAACCGAUGUGACCGAUGUGCAUGAUACAAUUUUAGUAGUCACACUAUCAAUAAUUGGUCGUUUUGGUGUCACGGUAGCUUAUAAUUCUGGUGCUCAAUAUGCUACGGAAUUAAUUCCAACCUGUGUACGGGGCCAGGGUGUAGCUGUAGUACAUGUCAUGGGAUACGCAUUUACUUUCUUUAGUUCCUAUAUACUUUUAACGCGCAAUAUUUUCUCACCCCUGCCUGAAAUCAUUUUAGGACUCAUAUCAUUACUGGGAGCAGCUUUGUGUUUAUUGCUACCGGAGACACUUAAUAAAACAUUACCGACAUCGUUGGAGGAUGGAGAAAACUUCGGUAGGAAUGAGCGUUGGUAUCAGUUCAGUUUCAUGGAAAAACGCACACAGUCUUCUGAUGUCUUAUCUGAAAGUAACACAGCUUCGAUGCCAAGCAGGGACUUGAGAAAUUCAUAAUAAUUGAAGGCAUUACUAAUUUUUUUUAAAAUAAGAUAGCUUAAAUUAAUAGGAAAUCAGUCUGUAAAAAAAGCUUUAAUAACUUAAAACAUUCAAUAAUUUUAGGUAUAAUUUCUUUUAAAAACAAAUUACUGGCUUAAUUGUAUUCAUGGGAUCUCUGGCAAUAAAGACAAAUUUUGU